AUGUUUGCCUCGAGCAACCCGGCGACAGUCGACAUCAUCCGGAACAGAGCUGGCUUCGUCUCCCUUCUGCAACUUCUCUCCCGGCGAGGAGAAGACGACGGCGGCGGCAGCUCGAGCGGCGCCGUCGUCGGCGUCAUCAUCGUCAGUGUCGUCAUUGGGCUCGCUGCCCUGAUCGUGUGCAUCUACGUCCGGCACGCCGAUCGGUCGCGCUCGCGGCGCACGCCCAGGAGGCACCCGCGGCGCGGCAGGAGGGGUACGCACCGCGACGGCGGCGGCAGCGCACGGCGUGUUGUGCGGCAGAGGGACAGGUUAUCGCCCCUCAAGUUCUUUGACGUGAGGGAUCUCGGCAGGGGCAAGCGGGACAUGCGGCAGAGAGACGACGUGGAGAUGGCGAGGCCUCGCCGCGCUCAUCUGCGGUGA